AUACCUCAGCCCAACAUUCACCGUGACCGUGACACGCGCUGGAGGAUCAGCCAACUGCAAGCGCAGAGACAGGGGCUUGCAGACGGCGACAAACAGAUACUGUAGACACUCGAUCAGAUAUAUGGAGCAGCAGCAGUAGCAGUGACGAGAGCCAAUUGCAGCUAGACACCAUGUCCUUCUCCAUGGCAGGUAUCCCACAUACGUAUCGCGCACGCAGGGACAGUAAACCACGCAGUUGGUAUGCAGACAAAGAGCGGCCCUUCUAUGGUGGUGUACCUCGGCGCAGAAAGUACACCAAGCGCAAAAUAUGGUUUGGUUUGUUGUUUUUGGCGGGCCUUGUCCUUUGGUAUCGUGGUUUGUUAUGGCCUGCACCCAAAGAACCCAUCUUUGUACAUGUAACGGACCCUGUGUUACUAGAGAAGCAGAAUCGUGUCAAGGCAGCGUUUGUGGAGAGUUGGCAAGCCUAUGUUGACCAUGGAUUCGGUCAUGACGAAUACAAGCCCAUCUCGAAGAAGCACAAGGAUAUGGUCCCUGGCGGCAUGGGCUGGAUCAUCAUCGACAGUCUGGAUACAAUGCUGCUGAUGGGUCUGACUGAAUAUGUGCCUCAGGCAAGAAAGUGGAUCGAGCAACACUCCUUCGACAUUGAUGCAGAAGUCAAUGUCUUUGAAACGACAAUUCGCAUGCUGGGUGGAUUGCUGUCUGCAUUUCAUCUGACUGGCGAUCAGCUCUAUCUCACUCAAGCAAUUGAUCUUGGAGAUCGACUGCUUGGCGCGUACAAGACGGAAAGUGGCAUCCCAACGGCCUCCGUGAACCUCAAAACCGGCGAGCCCGUCAGAAGUCACGAUGAUGGCGGUGCUUCCAGUACAGCUGAAGUGACAACGCUACAACUCGAAAUGAAGUAUCUCAGCUUCUUGUCCGGCAACCCCGAAUACGGCAUUGCUAGUGAACGUGUCAUGGAGCGAAUCAGACAGAAUAAAGUUGCUGCUGGACUCGUACCGAUCUUUGUGCAACCCGCAUCUGGACACUUCCAAGGUCUUCAGAUCAGGCUUGGCAGUCGUGGUGACUCGUACUACGAAUACCUGGCGAAGCAGUGGCUGCUCUCAGAUGACAAAGUCUACAAACAUGCCUAUGAGGAAACAGUGCAGAGCAUCAAGGAUAUUCUUGUCGGACAUUCCUCAUCCAAUGGUCUUACGUUCAUUGGAGAGCUGAAUGAAGGUGUUGGUGGACCUGUUUCGCCAAAGAUGGAUCAUCUUGUGUGUUUCCUUCCAGGAACGCUUGCCCUGGGCGCGACCACGGGCCUACCACUAGCGGAAGCAAAGCGAAAAGAUUGGUUUGGCAAGACACAAGAAGAGGAUAUGAAGCUUGCUGAGGAGCUGACAAAGUCGUGCUAUGCCAUGUACAACUGCACGACAACCGGUCUUGCGCCAGAAAUUGCAUAUUUCAUCAGAGAGGGUGAAGAUGCAAGCACGUCGAGCAAUUGUGAGGAUAUCCGCAUCAAUGAUCAGGAUCGGCAUAACUUGAUGAGACCAGAGACGGUUGAAUCGUUAUUCAUCAUGUGGCGUAUCACAAGGAAUGAGCAGUACAGAGAUUGGGCCUGGCGCAUCUUUUUAUCGUUUGAGGCGUACCUUCAUGCUGGAGAAGGUCUUGGUUAUACAAGUGCCAACAACGUCAUGGCCAAUCCGCCAGAGUUGCGCGAUAACAUGGAAUCUUUCUGGUUGGCAGAGACGCUCAAGUAUCUCUACCUCAUUUUCGCUCAAGCACAAGACGAGGGACAGGUCUCGCUCGACAAGGUCAUUCUCAACACCGAAGCUCAUCUGAUUCCCAAGUUUGUGCCUCUUGCUGGAUCUCGAGGCGGCGACCAGGCGGACUGGGUCAAGACUCACAGCAGUGAGGCUGGGACGUCCAGCUUUCCCGUCGUUACGGGCACUGCAGGAACAUCUCUAGACAGCGAUUUCGAGAAGCUGAAGGAUCUUCAUGUGCUCAUCAAAGCCUCGCAAGCAGAACAGCGGACUCUCUUUGAGGGCGGAUCGGCAGAGACUGCAAAGCAGGUAGGGGAAGCUGUGGCUGCUUCUUUACGGGAGUCAAUCCAUGACAUGCAGUCGCUUCGGCAUCAUGAGCGUGCAGAUAUGAGUCCUUUGUAGCGAUGAUUUCAGGCCAGCAGACUAUAGCAUUUGCAUCAUACGUUCCUAGCAUUCAAAGCAACCAUUCUUCCGAG